AUGUACGAGAGCGCCUGCGGCUCUCGCACGAUCGCGGACUACCCUGGCUGGUCGUGGCUCGCCUCGCUCUGGCACGGCCUGCUGGCGAUGCCAAUCCUCGUGUCUGCGACCGUGCUCCUCCUCCCAACCACCACGGCUGGCGUGGACGGCUUCCUGCGCGAGGGGUGGGAGCGGAUGCCGUGGCCGCUCGAGCACGUCCACUACGCAAUCUUCGGGUACAUGCUCAAGGACUUUGUCCUCUACCCCGCCGGCAUCGAGCUCGGCUACCUCGUCCACCACCUCAUCACCAUCGCCGGCUGCACUCUCUGCCUCCACCUCCCCGCCGGCGCAGCGCUCACCACUCUCAACGGCGCGCAGGCGGAGGUGAGCUCGAGCCUCUUCAGCGUGCGCCAUGUCUGGCCCUCGCCGCCCACCCGGCUACUCUACUACCUCUCGAUGAGCGCCUCGAACGCCCUGGGUGCACUCCUCGCCCUCCGCCUCGCCGACAUCGAUACGCUCCCGCGCAGCCUCACCACCGCCUACGCCGGCGCUCUGCUGCUCGACCUUGCAGAUUGGGUCGGCGGCAAGGCAGGCGGCAAGGGACGGGGCAAGGGAGGCGCCGAGGGAGGCGAGGGGCAGCCGCUGCUUGGCCCCUUCCCGCCCGGCCUCGGGUACACUCCCAAGAGCAAGGCGCUGCACGCGUCGAGGCGGGCCGCCGCUGGACAGCGGGGCGAGACGGGCCUCGACGGCGCCGCCUGGCGCGUCGCGUCGCCGCGCAGGAGGUCGGCUCUGCUCUUGGAUUUCCCGGAAGACGGCGUCAAGAAGAAGCUCCCCCAGAAGCACUACGGAAUAAAGCCUGCGUGGUUCGCGUCCACGGCCAAGGCAAAGACCGACACGAGGCCAUACACCAACGCGGUGCUGCGCCUGGACUCAACCGGUUGCGUGAGCAUGUACGCCGCGCCGAUCGCCGUGGCCAGCAACGUAUUCCCCUCGAUCCGAUUCGAGGUGGUGGCCCAUGCGACCAAAUUCGCCCCGUCCUUACCAGCACCUGCCAGUGCGCUCAACCAUUUCACACAGUCCUCGUAG